AUGAAUAUUGCUCAAAUAUUUGUUAUUGUACCAUUGACAUAUGCUGAUUUAGAAAAUCUUCAAGAAUAUCAACAAACAUUUUUUUAUAAUUUUAUUAUGGAAGCAGAUUCUGUGGGAUACAAUUGUAGUAUAAUGCUAAUUUUAUCUUUUACAAUUGAUCGUUUUAUUAUAUUUUUAAACAUAUUUUUAAUCAAAAAAAUGAAGAUUCGUAUAGUAUUUUUUUGUAUUUUUUCAUGGAUUUAUGGAUUAAUUAUAAUGAUUCUUAAUAAUACUUUUGAAAUAAGAAAAGAAUAUGAUCGUGAAAAUUUUUGUAUAAUUGUUAAUAUAAAUAAUUCUAGCUUAUAUUCAGUUUUCUUUAUUUCAUAUACUCAGAUGUUUUCUAGAAUAGUACCAUUUAUUAUACUAGGAUUAUAUGCUUUUUGUAUAAUAAGAGUAAAACAAUUUGUUAAAAACAAUGCUAUGACAUUUGAAAGCAGACGUUUUGAGAGAAAACUUUUAAUUCAGGGAUUUACAUUUGCCUUAUUUUAUGAAAUUGAAGCUUUACUUUUUUAUCAAAGAGAUUUUAUAUUAUCAAUAAUUGGAAAACAAUUUAUAAAAUAUUAUUUUGUUAUUUUAAAUUUUUUCAUUAUUGUUUUUACAUGCUUCAACAGUGUAGCUAUGUAUAUAUUUAUUGAUAAAGCUAAAGAAGAUUUAAAAAAUUAUUUCAUCUGUAAGAGAUAA